CUGGAUAAUGAUGUCCUAAGCCUGGAACAGAGACAAUUUUAUGAAGAAAAUGGGUUUCUUGUCAUUAAAAAUCUGGUGUCUGAUGCUGAUAUCCAACGCUUUAGGAAUGAGUUUACAAGAAUCUGCAGAAAGGAGGUGAGACCACCAGGAAUCAUGAUAAUGAGAGAUGUGGCCACGGACAAAUCAACGUUUGUUCCAAAUGAAAACACGGUUUCAAAGAUCCAAGAUUUCCAGGAAGAUGAGGAACUCUUCAGAUACUGCUGUCUUCCUGAGAUCCUGAAAUAUGUGGAGUGCUUCACUGGACCCAAUAUUUUGGCCAUGCACACGAUGCUGAUAAAUAAGCCUCCAGAUUCUGGCAAGAAGUCGUCCCGCCAUCCCUUACACCAGGACCUGCACUAUUUCCCCUUCCGGCCGGCGGAUACCAUCGUGUGUGCUUGGACCGCGAUGGAGCACGUUGACCGCAACAACGGCUGUCUGGUUGUGCUACCUGGCUCACACAAGGGCUCCCUGAAGCAGCACGACUACCCCCAGUGGGAGGGAGGAGUUAAUAUCAUGUACCAUGGGAUCCAGGACUAUAACAAAAAUAGUCCUCGAGUGCACCUUGUGAUGGAGAAGGGAGACACUGUUUUCUUUCAUCCUCUGCUCAUCCAUGGAUCUGGUCAAAAUAAGACCAAAGGGUUCCGGAAGGCAAUUUCCUGCCAUUACACUAGUUCUGAUGGCCACUACAUUGAUGUAAAGGGCACCAGUCAAGAAAACAUCGAGAAGGAAGUUAUAAAAUUAGCACAUAAAUUUCGUGGACUGGAGGUUGACAACAUCACCCUGAAGGAUGUUUGGCAAAUGCGUGCUCGCCUCGUGAAAGGAAAAAGGACGACUCUUUGA